AUGCUGCCCCCAAACAUCAUCGCGGCUUUUUUGCAGCAGCAGCAAGGGGCGUCUGCAGAGAACGACGACGGCGGGCGCGCCGACCGGGCCUUGACUCAGCCGCCGCUUCGGCAACUGGCACGGCAAGGCAGGCGCUCUCUGCCACGGUGGCUGAGGCGGGCGCUGGUGGUUGCGGCCAAUGCUGGUGUGCUGGCCGCUGGCAUCGCCAUUGGCAGGGCCAUCCACAUCAAUUAUAUG